GUUCCUUGUUUUUUAUUUCGUGUUGUGGUUCAUCCCUCUCCCUGUUUGUGUGUCGAAAUCAAAGAAGGACUGGUAGAAGAACUUCGAUGCCGAACGCCAAAUAGCUUGCCGUUGCCGUUUCUUUCUCCACCUUUUCUUUACCGCGUUUCCUUUGAAGCAUUUUUUUCAAGCCGCAAAACGCAAAGAUUUUUACUUCAUCAUGGUCGUGAUGCGCUCGUCUGGAAAACUUGCCCGCAUCAGCGUGGCGCUGUGCUUGCCGGAAUUCGCCAUUGCCAUCAAGUCUCAAGCAUUAACGGAGUCGACGGUAAGUAUUUUUUCUUGACGAUUCCGAUGCAGCUUGAAAGUCCCGGUCGGUGUGCCUGUGUGAUGUGUGAUUGUUUCUUGGUUUUCAUGGCGAUCUGAACCAAAAUCUCAAUGUCACCACAGGAGAAGGGCUUCCUCGCACCGACGUCCCCCAACGAGAAAAAGGAUGCAGAAGUUGAGACGCUCAUUCCGCCCAUGGAGGGGCUAAAAGUUUCCACUGUCGAGGAACUCACGAAGGAGCACGACUUGAUCGAUUUGACCACAGACGACGCGACUGAGACUGAGUCAAAACCCUUGAAAGCAGGCGAGCUCCCGGUGUUCAAAGGCGACAACGACCAAUCCCCUACUUCCGCGGGGAAGAAGGCGAUCACCACUGAGGAUGAUGAGAAGCCCAGUAUUAAACCCGCUGUCGAACAACCGGAUGCCGUCAUGGUGAAAGCAAGUACUGACCCCAACAAACCGCUGUCCAUCAAGGAACGCAUGGCCAAGUUCAACGGCGGUGGUUCCUCCUCCUCCCUUACUGCUGGCAGCACCCCCACUAUCACAAGAAAAAAGUGUUACAGUUACACAUUGGUUGGAGUUCUGCAUCACAAAUUUUCUUUGUGUGUGCAGAGAAAACUUGUAAUGCGAAGAUCAUAAGGAUAAGGGAAAAUAGGAAGGAAACGAGGCUCCCAAGCGUUUCCUGCAUGAGAAAGGUUGUCUCUGUUGCCGGUCUUGCAACACAAUGUGUAACUGUAACACUUUUUUCGUGCGAUACCCACCGCGGCUGGGAUGAAGCCGUCCGCGAAAAAGUUCGGGCGGGUAUCGCAGCUGAAACAGGCGUCACCGAGCUCCUCUGAAGAGGCGGAUACAACUGCCGGGAAGAAAACAGCUGAGGUUGUGACGGAGAAGGCGAAGGGCGACGAGGAGGAGAAACCAGAUGUGGAAAUGAAAGAAGCGACAUCUCCUGCUGAUGGUGAAAAACAACAAGAACCAGAAACCAGCACACCAAUGGAAGACGAGAAGACCGGAGUGACCAGUCCGCCGGUUGCUGAGGACGUUGAAAGCAAAACGUCUGCUGCCCCCGAGGCUGCCCCCGACGCUGCCCCGUCUGCCCCUGCUCCGGAAGAUGAUGAACCUGGUGCUGCUUUGGCGGUUAAGGAAAAGAAGGAGGAAAAUAAAGCAGAAGAGCAACAACUCUCGGAAGACGCCAAACUUUUCCAGACCCUCUGUGAAGAAGACGAGAGCAAGAAAUCCGGCUCCUCUUCCCCGAUGUUCCAAGCUGCAGAAGCGACUUUGGAAGAAUCUCCCGCGGCCGGGGAGAACAAAACAGAAGAAAUGUCGCCGUCAAAAAUCAAAACGGAGUACUUCGACAUGACCCGCGGCGGACCGUCGAGUGGUGAACGCGUGGAGGGCGACGCGAGCGCCAGCGCGGACGCGGACAGUGCGACGGUCGAGGCGGAGCCGGCGGUGUAUCCUGAGUAAAAACGUCCCCACACCAGAGUCAGGAUGGGGAUUUUGCAACACAAACCUAGGAGUUUUGGGAGUCACGCAUGACAAAUUGCACUCCGCAGUGUAGUGCUGGUUAGCAAGUGCAGCUGCAUCACAGACUCAUCUGCUCAUCCUGUUCACAGCAUCACAAAUUCCAAAACACGAUUGGAAAUGCCUCUCAUGGGGAUGCGCAUUACAAGUCUUCCUGUCUUUGCAAAUCUGCAUUACAACUCUGGCGUGGGUACGUUUUUCCUCAGGAUACGGCGCGACCGGUGGUUAGUGCGGACGAUGGCGUUGUGACGAUGGAGCCGGUCAUCGUGCAGGAGGAAAAGCAAGAGAGCGAAGAAAAAACCGAGCAGGGUGACGCCACCGCGAUGGCUUCUGCAUCCGCUUCUGGUGUCUCGGCCGCUGCUGCGGAACAGGAUGGGAGUCCCUCCUCGUCGUCGCCGAGUGCAAAGCCGGCGGGCAAAGUGAAGGUCAGCGACCGGGUUAAGCUGUUUGAGCAGAUCAUUCAGAAGGGGAAAGAGAAAGCCGAGAAGAACAAGUGAGCACACAUUGUGAAGGCUUUAAGGAAACAAGGUAGGUUUGCAAUUUUGUGUAUUUAAAUGAAACAGAGAAAGUAAAAACAGAUUUUCGAUUUCUGAAAUACAGUAAGUGUUGUUGCGAUACGAUCAUCUUCACGCUCUCCGUUGAUAAUGAUAAGUUGAUGUGAUGAAACUAAGCGCGCGCCCACUUUCAGCGAACCAACUUCGUAACUGACACUGUACCUACAUUGACUUGCUGAUUUUUCACGAACAAAGAUUUUUGGUUUUCGAUGCAGUGACACUUUUUGCGAACACAGCACCUUCUGGCACAUUUGAGAAUUCGUAUAUUUUCUUGAAAUUCCGUAAGUGCAAUAAAAGACAAAGAAUCCCAGCAUAGUAGUUGUCUCGAGCUGGAUGUGCAUUUCGUGUGCCGCUGACGCUACAGCACG